AUGCUUCCAGAUCGGAGCCUUCCCAUUCGGGGAGUCUUGACAUUCACGAGAACAUUGACGCCGACUUCUCCAUCAUCAUCAUCAUCAACGAUAAGACUCUGCAGCACGAGACUCAGACCAAGGCCAAGAUCUCCUCGCCAGGUGGGACGCUUCUCAACCACUCUUCGAACCCGUGCCACCACGUCCACCUCGACCGCCUCUCAAGAACCAAGCCCAACUCCUCCGCCGCGCCGCUCGGCCUCAUCCAAGCUACUGGCUUUCGCCCUCAUCACCGCCUCAGCCAUCUACUAUCUCACCACUGACGACUCAGCACCGUCGUCAGCUCACAUAUUCAACGACCACCGCUUCACCCCCUUCACUCUGGUAGACCGCGAACCUGUAUCGGCGACCUCCUUCGUCCUCACCCUGCACCCCGCCACCACCACCCUCCCGCCAUCUGAGGUAGCCGCCCAGCUCGCUGCCCCCUGGACAGCAAACGACCUCUGGUCCCUCGAAGUCAAGCAGCCCCAGCUGCAGAUCGCCCGCGAGUACACGCCGCUCCCCAAUGCGCCCCCGGGUGCCCUGCGCUUCCUCGUGCGCGCCAUCAACGGCGGUGAAGUCUCGACUUAUCUGAGCCGCCUGCCCCUCGGCGCCACCAUCGACCUCCGCGGACCCCACGGCAGCUUCGAUCUCCAAGCCCGCCUCCGUCCCGAGGGCCGCCUCGUCUUUCUCGCAGGCGGCACCGGUAUC